CCCUGCACUGCUUUAUAUAAACUCCAGAUUUUCUCCCACAAACUUACUUCAGUCUUGAAGGUGAGUUUUUCCUUGAGGGCAAAACAAUGGCUAAGGAUUUCAAGCUACGGAUAGCCCGAUUCAUCCCUUCCUUCCGUUGUUGCCGUUCUAAAAAUCCUUCCACUCUCUCGUCAAAUCCUGUGGCUUCAGUCCUCCGAUUCUCUUUCGUCAGCCCUAACCCUAUCACCCCACAUUAUCCACAGCCAACCCCUAAAACACGUCACUCCUCUCUCAGAAACCUUGUUUCCUCCACCAUCACUUGCAUAGCAUGCGGCUGCAGCUCGAGAUCCAGGUCAAAGAAUGUCUCUUUAACCGACCACUCUGAAUCUCCAUUCGUACCGGAGUUCCAGUGGGAAAAAGAAGAUAAAUUUCACGUGGUGGCCAAAGUCUUCCACGAAACCCCUCGCCAGAAAAUCUACAACUCCUACGCCUCAGCCUCCGGUCACACGUCAUGCGAUGAUGAGGGUUUGUUGCCUCCUUCCCAACCUCCAAACACGAGGAAGAAAAAACGACGUGCUAGAAAGAAGAAAAAGACUGCACCAAAGACUCGCAUCAGCACAUCUUCAGCUGAUAAUAAGUUAAUUUACAGAGAAGGCUAUGAUGACGUCGACAAUGUACACAAUAAAGGAACUGAAACAUUAGUUUCCUCUUAUAGAAGCUUAUCGACUGACAAUUCUUCAUCAGAGUUCUAUCCCAAACUUGAAACCAGAGGAGAAGUACCCUUCAAUAAGGCAACGAAGGUAAAACGCUCUGUUUUGAAGACAAGCCAAGUGAUCACAAAUGAAAGUGAUUUUUCUUCUCCGGAGAUUGAAUCUCCAGCGAGGUUGUCCAUGUUUCUACAGAGGCUUAUACCAUGUACUGUUGAUGGGAAAGUUAGGGAAAGCUUUGCUGUCGUAAAGAAAUCUCACGAUCCGUACGAGGAUUUCAAAAGAUCCAUGUUGGAGAUGAUUUUGGAGAAGCAAAUGUUUGAAGAGCAAGAGUUGGAGCAACUCUUGCAAUGCUUUCUGUCUUUGAAUUCCCAGCAGCAUCAUUGGGUCAUUGUGGAGGCUUUUACUGACAUUUGGGAAGCUAUGUUUUACCGCAGGUCGAGUAGUUUCAAAGUUUCCAGUGGUCUUUGAAGUAAACCAGUAGUUAAACGAUAAUGAAUAAGAACCAGUUUGGUUUAUGUUAAUUAACCAUAUUUUUAAUGCAUUAAUGUUGUUUAA